UCCUGUAAACAAAGGAUGUAUUUCUUAGCUGUCUGCAUAGUAGGAUUUGCUUAUAUAACGACAUGUACAGCAAACGAACUAUUUGAUAACAUCGGUCAUGAAAACUUGGCGACCAACUCAAUGAUUCAAGAACUGGUACAGCGUAUGGACCACAUGGAAUCACGAGAGAAAGGUCAUAUAAAAGCUCUCGCAGAACUUGAAAUUAAACACCAGCUUGAAAUCGACGGAUUGAAGCAAGAACUUGCAAAGCACAAAGGUCAAAUUGUGGUUUUGCAAAAGAAAAGUUCUGGUCAAGCUCGUCUUAUUUCCAAGCUACUACGCCAUGUACAACUUCGUUCUAUGUCUCCUGGGCCAGGUUCACGUGAUUCGAUAUCUGUACCAUCUGUUCCGUCUGGUAAAGACGAAAACAAGAAACAGAAAAUUGCAGUUGAAUAUGAAGUCAACAGAAUUCGGCGAGUAGAGAAUGAAAUAAUGGUUGCGUUCACAGUUGGUCUCACACACCAUUUAUUUCAUGCCGGCCCUUUCCAGAACAUAGUAUUUGACCACGUCGAAACUAACAUUGGAAACGGUUACAAUUCUCACCAUGGAGUAUUCACUGCACCUGUAUCUGGUCUCUACCUAUUUUAUUCUUCUAUUUUGUCCAUUAAUGAUGGAGAGGUUUGGUGCCAGAUUGUUGUAAAUGGUAACAAGAAAGCAUCAAUAUACGCACGUGGUACGGAUGGCCGCCACGAUCAAGGAAGUCAAGCUAUCAUUGUUUACCUACACCAAGGGGAUGACGUCGCUGUCCAAAAUAUCAUUUCUGACCAUGUAAUAUAUGGUGAUUCGCAAGUCUAUUCAACAUUUUCCGGUGUUUUGCUUCAGCAAAGUUUCUCUCAACCCGGUUCCAUUUUGGGUUAGUUGAAAUGAAGUUGUUAUUCAUGUAAUAUUAGAAAACGCAUUUUCUUUAAUUGUUUAAAAAAGAUGGUUAUGUCAACAUAAUACAAGGAAAAGGAAAUACCAUGUCUCUAUUGCGUAUUUUAAAGUAUUUACAAAAGAAAAAAAAUAAUAAAAUUAAC